UGGUUUAGCGAUUUUAUUAAAAUGAGUAAAAAGCGUCGCAGCGACUUCCCGCCGGAGUCGGACCCUCCCGAGAAAAAAGAAAAAGUUCCGGAGUUCAAUGGCACUGAAUUUAAAGCCAUGCUUAGGAAUCCCACCACAGCCAUGAAGGGACUGAAAAAAUUCACAUUAACUGCGAAGAAGCUGCCAUGCUCUGACAUGUAUGAUGUGGUUGAGGGCUACAUCAAAAUAUCUAUGGAGUGUGCAGAGAUAUUCAAUCUGCUGGAAGGAGAGAAACACACAGAAACAGAGUUGAUGCUGAUUUUCGAGAGCUUGCAAGCGAUUCUUCUGAGAACAGCCAGUGACCUCUCCCUCUUCGCCUUGGUUGGCAAUGCUAUUGUGAAUAAGAUUGUUUCUACGUACAUGAAGCUUCUCCAAGAGUCUUUUUGUUCAGCAAAUCAUGGGUUUGUCCGCCAGUGCCUCAAUCUACUGUCAGCCAUGGUGUCCCAGGGCGUCAAUGCCGCCAGAGAAGUCUUGGAUCAUAUUCAAGUUAAAGCACUUUUUGGAUUGGCAACAAGAAAGGAUAAAUGGGGUAAACCUGAUGUCCGCUUGGCUUUUAUCCAGUUUGUGCUCUCCUUUUUGGUGUCUGGGGAUAGUGCAGUCAUCAGACAAAUAUUAGAGUUUAAAGAACUCCUGCCACACAUCUUGGCUACGGGUCUGAAGGAGGACAGGGUGUCAACAGUCAAUUUGAUUUUAUCAACACUCAAGUCAAGAGUCGUUCUCAACAAAGCUAUUACUAAAACUCAGAAAGUGCGUUUUUUCACGCCAGCUGUUUUAGCCAACCUUGCGUCUCUGUACAAAUGGGACGGGAUCGCAGAUGCAACCACAGAUGACGACAUGACUGCAGAAGACUCUGACUCUCCUGGGUUAUCGGUGGUCCGGGGACUUGUUCACAGCUUUCUUCUUGACUUGUGCUGCUCGUAUAAGUAUGGCAUCAGCUUUCACGAUGCUAGCUUUGGCACCGCGGGCAGAGCUGGUAAUCUCAUCUUGCUUCAGUUCGUGGUUGGACUGAAACAAGCGACCGAGGACGAACUGGUGGCAGAUCUGGUGGUGAACGUGCUGAAAACCAGCCCUGACGUUCUGUCCAGAUAUUUCAAAGAGACUCAGUUUUCAUACACCCCACGCCCCAGAAGCGCUUGGCAAGACAAUGUGAAGUUUCUUAAAAAGAUCUAUGAAUCCCAGCCAGAAGUUUCCACAAUCUUUCAAAACCGUGAGAUGAUUCCUUUGCCUCGCUUGCUGUCCAUGAUAAUGGUGAUAUCGGUUCCUCCAGUCUGUAACAGGGCCUUUUUCUCACAGAGCCUCAAACUCAACAACUCAACAGUCCACCUUACAGCUGUGUCCAUCAUGAAUUUCAUUUUGAAAAAAGCCAUUAAGAACAUGGAGUAUCUUUUGGACAAGUCCGUGUGGUCCAAAUCGGAUGUAUACACAGAAGACAUGAUGAAGGACUUGGUGCAGCAGUACAGGGAGACGCUCGGCAAGCUGUUGCCCGACAUGACGGACAUCAUCUCAACAUGGCAGUCACUUAGCAAGAAGGAAAAAGCUGAAGAUGAUAAAAAUAAAAAAAUAAAAAGUCCAGAGUGCCCUGAACAGACAAGUAAAGAAAAUGAACUUCCUGUUGCUGAUGCUGCUGAGGUCAUUCUGCUGAAGGCUUUGAUUCUUCAGGUCAUUUGUCUUUACCAGAAAGUGGUGCCUCAUCUGGUCAUGCAAAGCAGAUUUGACUUCAGCAAACUCCUAAAGGGAAUCGUGUCUGAAAAGGGAAUAAGGGAAGAAAUUCCCCCCAUCCUGCAGUAUCAGAUUCUGCAGUUGGCUUUAGAUCUUCCUGCCAGCAAGUUUUCCUGGUGCCGAAUACAGGACAUUGCAUCCUCUGAGUCCUCAUCUGGAGAGAUGUCGGUACUUUACCUGCUUCUCAAAAUGUUUGUGAGCAGCAGCAACAGCAGCUUCCUGAGAUCCUCCACGCAGAAGCUGGUUCUAAAAGUGCUGAAGGACACCGGGGUGUUUGAGUACACUCUGUCUGAGGUUGAGCUGUGGCUUGAACAGCUGGCCCGACUAGAACCAACCCACCAAGAGACGGUGGUUCAGUUCUUGGAGAGGGUUUUGAUUAAACUGGUUUGUAGUUCCCAUGAAUACACGGAUAAAGUGGCCAGCUUUGUCCAGGAGGCCGGUCAUCUGCAGGCGAAUCUGAGCAGCCAGGAGGGCGACGCAGUCAGUAUCCCAGUCUCACACAUAGACGACGUCUUAGACAUGCUGGAUGUGAUUAUGGAAGGUAGUGAUGGUGACAUGGAGGAGUUUGGACCAUCUCUGAGUGAAGACCUCAUCGUCCAAACGUUCCCGUUCAGUGCGAUGGUCCCUGCUGCGCUGGAAGCUCGAAACAAACUUCCAGCAGACAAGGGGGUGGUAUGUGAUUAUUUGUCUGCAGUGCUGUCAGACGUGCUGCACUGUCAGAGAGACCCCCUCCCCCUCUGUCUGACAUUGCUGCAGUACGAUAAGGAGCUUGCAUCCUCCCAACCCGCUGCUUCUUUUCAUCAGUCCAUCAGACACCUGCACCAGUAUUACUCCAUGUGGCUGCCACAGCAGUGCCAUGAACAACUGUUCACGUCUUCUGAACGCCUUACAAAGGAGCUGCCGGCCCUCUCCUCUUGCACUUUACUACUGAAAGCUGCGUACGUUCAGGGACCAAGGGCUUUGCUUGAAGAUACCUUCAGGCAAAAUGUAGAAAAUGCUCUUGCUUCCAUGCCACUGGCAGAGUUCCCAGUUGUAAUCAAGCAGAUUUUACUCUAUAUCAAAUCAGCUGUGGAAAACUUUGACACGAUUUUCAAGGACAACAGGGGAGCUUUUCUGGGAAUCCUGAUGGGAAUUCUUCAAGAUUUAGUGGUUAAACUACAAAACUUUGAGGAAACUUUGGACUCUAAACCAGCUGCAGAGAAAUCUCAACAAGAAUCUGAUCUCUUUUUGGGAGUCGACGAGUCGCCAACGGUCGAAGCCAAUAAAGAGCAGAUUCUUGUUUCAGCGCUGACCUCCAUCUUUAAGCACCCGUGUUUGGAGCAGUGGUUUCUGGCUCUGGAGCUGGCUGCAUUUCCUCCUCACUCUCUGAAACCUGUUGCUCUGAAGCACUUGUGUGCUCAGAUGACCGAUAAGAUCCUGACCCUGCUGAAGAUGAGCGCUCCUGCUCUGAACGACCUGAGUCGCCUGGAGCUUCUUUGUAGUUACAUGGGGGCUUUAGAAACAGCUACUCUGAAAGAAUUAAAGGACAAGGGUUCUCAGCCUCUCAAGACCCACUCCAGAACUUUUCAGUCACUCUUGUCUUUUCACAGCUACAUGGACUCCAGUUUUCUAAAGGAAGUGGUGUCCUGGUUGCUGCUCCUUCCUCAUGACCGCCUCAUCUGCCCCAGCAGUGAGGGGACGCAGUCAGAGCUGAGCAUUUACGGCCAAGUAGCUCUGCAAAUCCUCACAAAUUGUACAUCUACUUCUUUUCAAGACCACAGCAGGUUUUUGACUCAGGCUCACCUUCAUGGUCUUUGCUCCCUCCUCGUGUCCUGCUCCAGCCCUGAGCUGGAAGCCUUUAUGCUGCAGACUCUGUCCUCCGACCCAGGCAGUGCCAAGUUAAUCCACACAGAUGUGCUGCUCCACUGUCUCCAGAACCCUCUUCAAAAUACUCUGGCUAUCAGCUCUCUUCUGCUGGAAAACUGCUCUUCUCAUCGCCUCCGCUUUGAAGUCUGGUGCCUAGAACCAUCAAACAUGGAGACGAUGUCAAAGCGGGAAGCCUUCCUUCCCCUUAUUAACACAUAUUUACAGGUGGCGAGUAGAGAGGACCCAGCCAGGCCUAAAGAUGUGCAAACAGAAGUUUUAAAAGCUUUGAACCGAACACUGCUUGCCAAACUGUCCUCGAGCAUUCUGGGAAACCUGGAAGAGGACUCUGGAGUCCGGUUAGAAACCGCUUCAAGCCUCAUCAGGCUCUCUGCAGACAGGAACGACAUCAAGGAUUUGAUCAACGAUCUUCCAGAUGUUCUUCAAACUGCCGACGGCUUGGAAAGGUGGCAGCUAGCUGAUGUCAUCACAGAGAAACUUGCUGAUUGUCCCAUUGAACAAGAAAAAUGGAGAAAGUCCGUCACCGCUGCAGCCUUUAAGUGUCUGAUUGCGUCAUACUGCCUCCAUAAAGAUCACGCAGCUUCUCCAUCAGCUCAGGAGCAGAGCGUCCUGAGAAGACUGCAAGACCUUCUGACGUCUCCUGAAGACGUAACUGCAUCUGACUGGAACAGUUUUACCAAAACUGGACUGAGAAAUCGCUACAAUAGCCCCCACUUCCUAAACGCUCUGAGUGACAUGUUGGAGCUGAUGUACGGAAGCAGCGAAAUCCAAAAAGAUCUGAUUCCUCUGUCCACCCUUCAUAUGAUGACCAGCAGCCAUUCUCAGUUCCUGCCCACCAUCCUGGACUUCAGUGAAGAGUCCACCAGUUGUCAAGCUAAAGAGGCGUUGGUGUCUCUUCUUCUUUGUUUGGUGAAGAAGUGCCCGACCGUCUGUAACAUCAAUCACUUUGUUGUACUUUUGGCAGCAUAUGGAGCCACUCUUUCUACUUUAGAUCAAAAACUGUUGCAGCUGCUCCAGGAAUAUGAAAAAAGCAAAGUGAGCUUGCUUGGUUUUCAGUCGUUGUUGUGGGGCCCCGCAGCUGUGGAGCAUCACAAAACCAGGAAGAGCCUGGGGGCCUCUCUGUGGAAGCAGUCGAGCUCAAACGAUGUGCUGACGCUGCUGAAAGCCGACAUGAUGAUCCAAACUAUUUUAAAGUUUCCACAGAACCGCAGAAUCUUCCCUCAGGACAGCAGAGAGCUGCUGUCCACUAACGACGCUGUGAAGGACCCUGGAAGUUUGUACGAUCCAUGUUUUCUUUUGCCUCUGUUCAGCGCCAUCUUACAGCCAGAGUGCGUUAUCGACUGCUGCAAGUUUGCAUCCAGCCACGCUCUCGGAGUAACUGUAAUGGCUCUAAGUAGCUAUGACCCAAAUGUGAGAGCGGCAGCGUAUCAUGUGCUCAGCUGUUUCUACCAACAUCUGGAGGCUGCUCGCUUCAGAGAGAAGAGACAGCUGCUUUAUUUAAUGAACUUUGUCAAGAAUGGGAUUCGAAAGCAGAAUCAAAGGCUUCCGUUCGUUCUGACUUCUUACAUCAACAAAGUGGCUCAGCUGAUGCUCAGACCUGAGGACCACAUGUACGUGGUGUUGAACAGGUUCCUGCUGUCCCACCAGAAUUUGGAUAUGAAUCGAGUCCCAGAGUUCUUCAAGAAUUUUUUGGGCUUUGAAUUAGAGCACAAGAUUGAACGGGAGUGGAUGUUGAACUUGCUUGAGGAAGGGAUAAGCGAUGGACAUUGUUAUGAACUGUGCUGCCAGCAAGGCAUCUUUCAGGUCCUGCUGGGCUUCAGCAGCAGCCCUCUGUGUAGUGAACACUUCCAGACUCAGAUAAUCAGGGUGUUGUGUCGGGUCGCCCGUGUGACAAAAGCAGCUUAUAGUCUCACUAAGAGCUGUGCGCUCCUGAGCUGGAUGAUACAAGUAGUUGAGAAAAGAAAUCUAAACCAGCAGCUGUUAUGUGGCAUGAUCGAUCUGCUCCAUGCACUGUGGUUCACUGUCCUUGGGCAGAAGGAAAAGAAAGCUCGUGAGGCCAAUACAUGUUCAACCACUGAGAUACCUCAGAGCUUAAUGAAAUGUGUCCCGCUGUCACUCAUCGAUGAGUUUCUCUGUGCGUCGUUGGCCAUCAGCAGGCACCUCAGGUUGGGUGUGAAGGCCGCUCAGUUCAGCUUGUUUGCGCGGACUCUUUGCUCCGUGCUGACGCAUCGUGAGACAGCGCUCGGUGUAAACAAACAAGCCGACUGCCUCACGCUGCGACCACAGCCGCUCUCUUGUACUGAAGCUCUGUCUCUGCUUCUCUGCUGGGCCUCCCUCUCCCGAUGCACAGCCCUCCUCACCCAAAUACAAGCCUUGUCAGAAAGACACAAAUUAAAGGAACUGAUGGGGCUGGGGAGGUAUAAAGUGCGAGGUAAGAGCCGCACCUCCCAAGCCGACGUACGAGAAGUGAACCCCCCAGAGGACAUCGAGACUCAAGAGGAGAGUCUCCUGGCAGAUUGUAAAGUCCACCUCAGCAAGAUCUUUGUCCACUGGGAGCCCGUGUUCCACUGCUCACACCCCCAGUCUGAUCAGCCAGGAGACGAGCCGGAUCCCAGUCAGUUGGCGGGUGACACUGCACUUCUGCUCCUAAAGUGCUCUCUGAGGUGGCAGGUGGAGAACUCGUGUGAUGAAAACGCAACGGGAGAGUUCCUUCACUGGUUGGAAAAGGCCGUGAUAAAACACGGGGAAAUCGUGAACCUCGCGAUGCUCGAUUUCAGCUUCAAAGCUGACCUCCUUCAGCUCUUCCAUCACACCGCUGAAGUUCGGUGUCACUCCAGCUUUCCAACAAAAGUAGAGACUUUGCAGCGUUUUACCAACAUUAUGAUCCGUUUACUAGAGAUGCAAGGCCACCUUCCAGAUCUCCAUCAGCCAGUUGUCUCUGCCUGUUUCACUCAUCACGACCAGUCCAGACGUGAAGCUGGACUGUUUCUGUUGUCGUUGUACAUCCAUGAGCUGUGGAGUGGAGCCGCCUCUGCAGAACGGUUCCUGUCUCACGUUCGUUUGGUGACCAAAGUCGAGAGCAACGGCCGAAAAGCCUCCAAACCGUCAAAGACUCAAACAGCCAUCAGAGCCAUCUGUAACGACAUCAUCGCCAUUAAAAGAUAA